CGUCCCUCCAGCCCGCAGAGUUUUCCGUCCUGUGUCAGGAUAACAUCGUAGACGAGGACCACCGGACGGUGAGACCGGACUAAAUGGAAGCAGCGGAGGAAACUCUCACUUACCUACAUAACACCGGACUUCACAGGAAGCUGCUCCCAGGGGACAAGGGGGACAAGAAGAAGAAGGAGCUGGAGUACAUUAAAGGCCACGAGUCCAACUAUGUUGAUCUGGACAUGAAACCGGAGUGCGCAAAAACUGUGAAAGUGACUUUUACCGGCGAGGGGAACCAGCUGUCUGUCAUCAAAUGCGACGGCUCGAAGCAGGGCAUCGGGGACGAACAGGGUGAGCCCCCACCGGAGACCCAACUUCCAGACUCCGACCCGGGCUCAGAGACCGACGCGCGGCCGCUCCGGGACGAGCUCGACCCGAGCGACUGCAGCGAACAUGUGCGCAGCGAGAGCGACGAGCUCCAGUACACCGACAUGUACCUGAACAGUAAGACGGAGUCCGACGACGGGGCCAGCGCCGUGCUGUCCGACCGCAGCGGCUCCGACACCGUGGAGGACGAGUCCCACUACAUCACGACGCACGAGAUCCAGCUGACCGAGCUCGACCACGACGUCGACUACGACCUGGGCCGCGGCACCUGCUGGGAGUUUGAGGACGACAACCUGGUUUACUCCUUUGUGGAUUACGCGUCUUUUGAGAGCGACGAGACGGAGGAGGGGACUCUGAUCCUGGAGGGCAGGAGUCAGGGCAAACCGCAGGCUAAUCUUGGGGGAGCGGCUGUCAGCACCGAGCAGGAGGAGAGUGAUCUGUGCGCCAGCUCUGAUGAAAGCCUGUGCAACAAACCCCAAGGCGGAGACCCAAAUACGGGGAAAAUUCAUCUGUCCAUAAAAGCCACCUCCAGAGCAGUCAACGGGCCGGUCUCUGUCCCCGAGAGCCACUUCUCCUUUGUCGACCCCGGCGCCAGAGCGGGGCCCUUGAGCGACAGGGCCCCAUAUUUCAUCCCCGCGCCGGGCCGUCAGCACCUUGCAACCAAACUGAGACGGAAUGAGUAUUCGAGCGGAGCCUCCAGCUCCAUUAGUGAGCUGGAUGACGCUGAUAAAGAGGUGCGUAAUUUAACCGCCAAGUCUUUCCGCAGUCUGGCAUGUCCGUACUUCGAUGCCAUUAAUCUUAGCACCUCCAGCGAGUCCUCCAUGUCGGAAUAUGGGCUAAAUAAAUGGUCAGCCUACGUGGACUGGAAUUAUGGAAACUUAUCCCGGGGGGGCGAGCGCAGCGUAAUUGCGCACAAGACUUCCAGUGCAACACUGGAAAUGAAUAACACUGUGGAGAGUAAAAGACACGAUAAGUCCACUACAGACACGAAAUCACCACAAAGCAAAAUGUACGCACUGAACAAGAGAACGACUUUUCAACAAGCUUCCAGCAAACAUAUCCAAGUGAAAGAUCCAGUGCAGCCAGAGCAGCGAGGAGUGACGCUGAAUUUCCACUGUAAUGUUGAAGCCCCUGAAGGCACCCGUCGUCCACAAUGCUCCAAGAACCCACGAUCCACCGAGGACAGCGGGGCAGUGUCGACCAGAGCAGGGUGUGACAUGCAGUGUCAUCUCACUGAGAGCCCGGGGGACACGCACCACAGGGCCAUUUUUGCGUCAAGUUUGUUGAAAAAUGUGAUUUCCAAGAAGAUGCAGUUUGAGAAGGAGCGCGAAAUGGAGAGGGGCGACAGACAGAGCCGGGACAGGCAGAGGAGCCUGGGAAGAGGCUUUCAAAGACAAAGCUCAGAGUCGGGCUCAGGACUGAGUGUUAACUCUGCUGAUGAUCACAUGGAGGGCAGCAGACCCAGCUCCUGUGGUUCUGCAGACGAACUGAGAACCAACAAAGCCCCAGAGGAGUCAGAAAAGGGACAACAUGAGUGUCCAAAGGCAACACUCAACCACAGUCAGAGCAGUGCAUUCAAUUCACUGAAAGCAGAUGAGCCAGAACCGGUGAAGGAGGCUGAGCCCAAAGCUGUUAGUGACACACAACACAAUGCAAAGGAAGGCUUAGACCCCAGCAGCAUGCUGACUAAACUGCUUUUUGUUCCAAGCUACCAGCUUCACUCAAAAGAGAAGGGUUUUGCAGAAGACAUGAGCCACAAACCUGCCUCAGGCACAGCGGCCGGCCUGCAGAACUUUGAAGAAGAUGAAAUUGGAAAGGGGGGAAAACCGCCUGAGAUCAAAAUACGCCUGAGAACCGUGAAAGAAAAUAAAGGUUGCACAUUGAACAUUGCCAGCCUGUUAACCCCUAAAAUAAGUUACAACUCUGUUAACACGUCCAGGGCAGCAGGUGACGCUAAAUGUCACAUUUUAUCUGCAACGGAUAAAAUGCCAAACUUCACAGUCAGAGACAUUAGAGACACCAAAUGCAAGUUUCAAAUGCCGAUAUAUCGUGUCAGGGAUGUGCGUAAACUGGUAAAAAGCUCAUAUCGCUUUGUUUCCCUGGAUAAUAGUGAGAGUAAAUGUUCCACAGCAGCGGAGAAACUUGAGGAAAAGGGCAAACCGGAGCCAGCGAAACAAUUAUCACCAUCUCCGAUUGUGAUUAAAUUUCACUCUGUGAAGACAAAUGUUAAAUCACAGGCAACCGAGGCGUCACAGACCCAAACAGAGACAUGUGACAUAGCUCAAAGUGAACAUGCGCCGUCACAUUGCGUGACGAGCAGGGUGCCACCUAUCGUUUCCAAGCAGCUCCACGCUGACCUGUCAGACCUCCAACCGAACGCUGAAACCAAACUGACAAAGCAGAGGCACGUCCCAGGGGAGCCGGCGGAGUGGAGAAACGAGCCCACGAUACCAAAGCAGGCUGCGAUAGAGAAGCUGAGGGCCGCAGUCAAAACCAUGGAGCAGCUUUAUGUGUUCGAUAGAAAUGAAUGGAAGCGUAAAGCUCAAGCUCCACAGCCCAUCACUGACAGCCACGUGCGCUCGCUUAUAGCCAGAGAGGAGCAGCCGGAGGCCGCGAUCACCGACAGGAUCCCUCAGGCCAUAGAAACAGGGAGCCGAGCUGUUGAUGUUAUCCAGGUCCCAUUUAACGACAACACUUUUGCUACACAAUCCCAGCAGAGUCAAAUAUUUAGCAAUAAAAGCGUCCUUCAUUUGGGCAAUGGCAACCAGGCACGUGUCAGCAUCAGUUCAGUAAGGAACUCUAUUCCACAAAGCUCUGCAACGCAAUCAUCGUCGACUAUGAAAAGCUCCAGGGCACCGGCGGCUCCACUGUCGGUGAAAAUAGAGCCCCCGAAACAGGUCCAGGUGCAGCAGGGAAAGGUCAAAAUCAUUCCCACUAAUCCCACUGUCACACAGGGCUGCCCAGACUCCGAGAACUAUUUAACCAUCCCGGGGAUGGGGUACACGAGUGAAAUCAAACUCUCAAAGGAGGGGAGUCAAGCCCACACAGGUGACGGCAGCAUACCUGAGCAGAAAAGGUCACCGCUCAUCAUGGAGUACCCGGCCACGAGCAUCUACCAUCACUCUGCAGUGCCAACCACGACAGGGCCGCAACCCCCCCAGCAGGUGUUGUGCUUCUCCCCCACUGCGUCUUCAAUCAGGGAGGCCGCCCCACAGACCCAGCGCAAGAUGCUUUUGGACCCCACAACAGGACAUUAUUACAUGGUGGACACGCCCAUACAGGCCACCACCAAGCGACUGUUUGACCCCGAGACAGGCCACUAUGUGGACGUACCCAUGACCCAUUCACCAGCGUCCCCUGUCACCCCUGUGCCUCUGUCCUUGUCCCCCCUGACACUGGGCCCAGGAGCGUUCGCCCCCACCUACAUGAUCUACCCAAGCUUCAUCCCCUCGCCGACUCUCCAGGCUCAGGCCGUGCCGCCACAGUCGCCAUGCCACUCCGAGGACGCAGGCGGGUACAAGAUGAAACACGCCAGAAGUCCAAGGCUGGAAACGAACACGCCAGGUGCGGAGAGCGUGUAUUACACCGCGACGGGGGAGGCUCCGCAGGGGCCGCUGCAGCUACCUGUGAGUUUGGGACACGUGACCAGCAGAGGAGGUGGAGCCAGCUCAGACAGGAAGCCGGUCAUCAGCAUCACGACGCAACAAGGUCCAAGAAUCAUCGCCCCUCCUUCCUUUGACGGACAAACGAUGAGCUUUGUGGUGGAGCAUCGGUGACCAAGCAAACGCCUCAUCCUCCAUACCUCUCCUGUGAAGAAUCUGGAUUCAAUCACCAAAAGUGCAGUCAACCCCCCCCCCCCCCCCCCUCACUCCACCAUGCGAUCCACUCCCCAGGACAACUUCCAACAACAAGUUACCCCCCCCCCCCUUGUGUUGUGUCGUUUAUCCUUGCGGCAGACAUUACUGUAUUCUCUAUGCAUUGCAGCACUUUGUAUGGUACAUGGAUUCAGCCACACCCUCUAGCUGAUGCUCUGCCAUGUUGCUUUAUGAAUCAGCUUUGAAAUACUUUCCAUUCAGCCACGGUGUAGAAAACCUAUCUCUGCUGAAAUGCAGUUUGGGCCCUGCAUCAUGUGUCUAUUCAAAAGGAAACAAGUUUCUGUUACAGUUCAUUGUCACUCAUCAUCAGCAAAGCUGCCAUUUUAUCACUAUGAGUUAGGCUGUCUUGAAAACAAGUCUGGGUAACUUUCCUCUUACCAAUGAUAAAUUAAGUUGUAACAUGCAACCUGGCUCAAGGAGACAUUGCCAGGAGACAUGUUUGUUGCCUCCUGCUUGUCUCUUUGAGAAAAUGGAUGACAAGGCCUUAUAGAGAAGGACAUUCAUCUUACCUUGCUUCUUAAAGUUUUAACAGCAAAGUCAUAUCUUAAGAAGGUUGUCUGGAGUUUUUGCUGAAUGAUUUGGCAGUGUACUUACAUCCAGUAACUGGUGCUCAUCAUGAAUCAUGGUUCUGAGGGGAAAACAAGGGGAAUUCACUGUAUUCACUGCAAGUUACAUAACCUUACAUUAAUCCACACAAUAAGGUAAUUAAUCUCAAUAAUGACAUCAUACAAUGUGUAUUUUGCACAGAUUUCUCAAGGAAAGGGACCAUAUGUCUGCACUGAACCAAAUAUAUGCAGUAAUGUUGAGUUACAUUAUAUUUUCUAUCUUACUAACUACAGUCAGAGGAGGAUUUGAAAUUAUUUCUGGAUUUCAAAAAAACAUAUUAUAGAGUUUUCCAAGUUAACAGUAGCCAAAUUAUAAAUAUUUUACAUCAAUGUGUAUCAUGUUACUACCCCCAUCACUAUUUUUUCACGAUGACAUUUACAUGUUUGUAAGAGCUGGUGGCUCAAGUUCUACUAAAAGUACAUGUUUCCUUUGGGUCUUGACUCACAAAAAGCUGCUAAUACCUGCACGACUGAUGUCCUGUGUGAGUUGUUUGUUAAAUUCUAAAUGCACACAUUUUUUUAUGUUACAGUGAAAAGAGAAACACACCAAGUGUGUUGCUCAGAUGUAGCAGAGCUGGGACUCUGGUUUAACAGUGUACUUAGGUCAUUAAGUAGUGUUGGGCCUAAUGAGUCAGAACCAGCUCCGACAUUUAGGGGAUAACUUCCUCUACUGGUCUUAGUUUAUUUUACACUUUUGUGUAAUGAGAUGGGAGCGUGAAUGUGUGUCUGUGGGUGUGGGUGUGAGUUAUGUGUGGCAUUUCAGCAUUCUGUGAUCGCACAACAAGGAGUCAUGUUACUUCACUGUAGACAGCAGCAUACAGACUGUACAUGUGCUGUGUCCUUUCCCCUUGUUUAAACUACCUGACCUUUGGCGUAAAUAUGCAUAAAGUGAGGUUUUUGUUAUAUUAUACAUUACCGAUGGCACCCAGAUAAGAAUUUCAAAAAAAUGUUUUAUUGCUUUCUGCACAAUGUAGUUCUGUUUCCUUUUGAAUACACAUUGGGGCAUGUAGGCCAUUUUGCUUUACUUGACUCAGUUUUAAUAGGAUCCCUCUGUGGGAAUAAUGCAAAAACAUAGAUUGCUAUUUUUAGCAUGUUUCAAAGGUAAAGGUAUUUGGAGCUGCUGGUCAGUCUGUGUACCUUAAUCCUGUAAAAUACAUAUGUUAUUAUGCCGCUGUGAAAACAUACUUUAUUAAAAAAAAUACCCUGUGAGUUGAUUAUGAAUUCAUGCAGUGAUUUGGAAGAUUUGUUGUUGAUUGAGCGGUAGAUUGGUUCGUAAAUUGCUGUUGCAACAUUUAAUGCAUUUUGCGGUGAAAUGUAAUUCAAAAUUUGUACAUUUAAUUAAUGACAUAUUGUCAUUCUUAAUAAUAAUAUUUUAACUAUUAUUUUAAAUGAAGCUGCCUUCAAGGUCGGUGAGAACAGUGCACAUAAGACCGUUAUUUAUUUAGAAACAAUAAGAUCCGUUGUCUAAAACUGAUAAAUUUUGCCUAUGAAUUCUAUAAAAAAAUUACUUUAAAGCAAAUUGUGAGAUAUGAUAGUCUACCUCCUGCCACAGAGUUUUUAAACUAUAUGUCUGAACAGUAAGUUGCCAAAAGUGAAAGAUAAUUAACGUAUUUUACUAAUUUCAGAUUAUUUAUUUUUAACAGAUUUACAUAUCAUUUUAAAACCCUGUGAACAAUAAUUUCUGACACAACUAUAUUUUUUAAUUGUAAGCUCCAAAAAACCAGCUAUUCUAAUGUCCUGAACAUAAAAUUCACAAAACGAAUUCUUCUGAUAAUUAUGAGUUUCUUGUAUGACCUUUAUCUGUGAAUAAUAAUGUACUUAAUGCACUUGGAUGGUCACUCUUGAGUCACCCGCUCUGAUACCAGGGAAUGGCUGUAAAUCCUGGUGACAGCAGGAGCACGAUGUCGACUUAUUGUAAAGUGAAACAUUUGUAAUGGUUUCUGAAAGAUGCACUGUAAUAUAGAUGAUAUCAUGUGUUAAACAUUCUUCCAGGUGUCAAUCAAUAAGCCUGCUGACUUCGAGGUUAAGUAUGAGAAACGGACUGUGUCGAUGCUUGCUUUUGUGUAAAGACAGAUGGAUCAGUGGAAGUGAGAUGGUUCGAGGCAAGUGCAUAAAGAUUGUAAAGGUUUGAAGUAAGAAGGGGGCACAUAUAAGAAUGCAAUGCCUUCGUGGCUCCACGGUCAAAGUGACAUUGUGCUGUGUUUUAUGUCUGAUGCCAACCGUGUCGCAUGGCUGCCCCCGAAAAAGACAGAGGUCAGGAUCAACCGCUCGGUACCUUGAAAGCAGGAGUAAGUGCUGUGUUUGCACUUACUCACUCGAGAGUAAUGGCUAUGAUGAAUGUGUGUAAUGUAGACUGACAAGCCUACAUAUGUUUGCAAUAAAUUCAAAA